AUGAAUGAAGGAUGGGACCCAGACUCUUCAGAAAACUGGUAUCACCUCUGGCAUGACAAUGACACACUGCAUCACCUUUCCACAGAUAUCAAUAUUACCUAUGUGAACUACUAUCUCCACCAGCCUCAAGUAGCAACCAUCUUCAUUAUUUCCUACUUCCUGAUCUUUGUCCUGUGCAUGGUGGGAAAUACCAUGGUUUGCUUGAUCGUAAUAAGGAACAGACACAUGCACACAGUCACUAAUCUCUUCAUCUUUAACCUGGCAGUAAGUGAUUUACUAGUUGGCAUAUUCUGUAUGCCUAUAACGCUGCUGGACAAUAUCAUAGCAGGAUGGCCAUUUGGAAAUAGCAUGUGUAAGAUCAGUGGAUUGAUCCAGGGGAUAUCAGUCUCGGCUUCAGUUUUUACAUUAGUUGCUAUAGCAGUGGACAGAUUCCGAUGUGUGGUCUACCCUUUUAAACCCAAAUUCACUCUCAAAGUAGCCUUUGUCAUUAUUGUGAUCAUCUGGGUCUUGGCGAUCACUAUCAUGGCUCCAUCUGCAAUCAUGUUGCACGUACAGGAAGAAAAAUACUACCGAGUGAGACUCAGCUCCCAGAAUAAAACCAUCCCAGUCUACUGGUGCCAUGAGGACUGGCCAAAUCAGGGAAUGAGAAAGUUCUACACCACUGUGCUCUUUGCCACCAUCUACCUGGCUCCCCUGUCUCUCAUUGUCGUCAUGUAUGGCAGGAUUGGAAUGGUACUCCUCAAUACAGCCCUGCCCCUCCCAGGCAAGCAGAGCCAGGAGCAAUUGCACAUGGUGUCCAAGAAGAAGCAGAAGGUCAUCAAGAUGCUGCUGACAGUGGCCUUGCUCUUCAUUCUCUCCUGGCUGCCCCUGUGGACCCUGAUGAUGCUGUCUGACUAUGCUGACCUCUCUCCAGAGGCACUGCGGGUCAUCAACAUCUACAUCUACCCGUUUGCCCACUGGCUUGCCUUUUGCAAUAGCAGCAUCAACCCCAUCAUUUAUGGUUUCUUCAAUGAAAAUUUUCGUAGUGGUUUCCAAGAUGCUUUCCAGAUCCAGCUCUGCCAGAAAGGAGCAAAGCCCACAGAAGCUUAUGCCCUAAGAUGUCAAAACAAUGUGGCCAUACAUACGUCUGAGCAGCUCACUCAGGAACCUGCAUUCCAAAACCAGCAUGGGGAAAAUUUGCUGUGUGGAGAAAGUGCUGAAAAUCUCUAA